UGCUGAACCAUAAUAGUUACAAUCCCCAAAAGUUGGACGAGGACGAUUUUGCCGAGCUUUUGGGAAGCAAGAUCGUUCCCGAGAACGUGAGCGCUAAGCUAGCGCAUGAACGACUGUACAAAGAGAACCGUGCCAAUUGGAAUGCCAAUUAUUUGCCAGAGAAUCCGCGACAGAGCAACGGGAACUGGAUGCUGCCGGCGUGGAACGAGCCGCCUAUAAGCUGGUCGCACCAGCAGCCGCAGACGAACCUUAAGAACGAGCGAAAAGCGUCAGCGAAACAGCAUUACUUCAGCGUGACGCGGUACGCCGCGGGUCAAAGUGCGAGCUUAUCGUCCAGAAACGGUGAGGGCGACCCGAGCAGGCUUAAGUUAAUGAGGAACCUCGUCGGCCAGCCGUUGGAGAAGUACGAGGAGUUCACCGACUCUUUUUGGAUACCUAGGAACUCCGUCGACAACCAGGCGAGGCAGUAUUACUUCCCACGGAAUCGGUACAUCAGCGACCAGACUCUGCGGCUACCGUACCCCAGCGUUUACGGUACGCAGGCUAUCAGUGAGUAUCCGAAACCAGACUCGAGUCAUCAUUAUUUGGACCGUUUAUUUUGAAAGUGGUGUAAGUCCAUUUUUGAGAAAAAUGAGAUAUCACGUAAUUCG